UCCAACAGGGCGUUUCUUUCUUCUCCGCUCAAAUUUGCGAGGCCGCUUAAACAAGAUUGAGAUCGAGAUCGAGAUCGAGAUCGAGAGAUGAAAUGGCGGUGAUUUCAGUGAAGCCCGUGUUCACCGUAGUGGUGGUCACUCUCUCUCUCAUCCUCGCCGUCCUUGUCUUCUCCCCGACUUCGCCUUUCUACCAAUCCCCUCUCUCUCUUGCUUCACCCCAAAGAAAAUUGGAUAUAUGGAGUGUUGGGAGGAUCGUAGAGUGGAGACCUUGCAAGUGGUGGCUACAAGGACAUCUCACCGCUCUGCCAUCAAAGAGUAAUGGAUUCAUUCGAGUGGAUUGCUAUGGUGGCCUUAAUCAGAUGAGAAGAGAUUUGUGUGAUGGGGUCGGUAUUGCCCGUCUUUUAAAUGCAACCCUUGUUCUGCCAAAGUUUGAGGUGGCUGCUUAUUGGAAUGAAUCAAGUGGUUUUGCAGACGUCUUUGAUGUUGACUACUUCAUUCAACAAUUGAAUGGCUUUAUCAGAGUUGUCAAAGAGUUACCACAUGAGUUUGCAUCAAAAGAACCCUUCCGUGUAGAUUGCAGCAAACGUAAAGGCCAAUUUGAUUAUAUUGAAAAUGUUCUUCCGUCUUUAUUAGAACAUCAUUAUAUAUCCAUCACACCAGCAAUGAGCCAAAGAAGGGAUAGGUAUCCUCAGUUUGCAAAAGCUGCCCUUUGUCAAGCAUGUUACAGUGCAUUACGCCUCACGAAAGCCCUGGAGAAGAAGGCUUCUGAGCUUCUUGAAGCCAUACCUAAACCUUUUCUGUCACUUCACCUUCGUUUUGAGCCUGAUAUGGUAGCCUACAGUCAAUGUGAAUACCCAUACCUUUCUCCUGCCUCCAUUGAAGCUGUUAAGGCAGCACAAGGUGAUAGAAAACCUUGGACUGGGGAGCUUGCCCAAAUUUGGAGGAAACGAGGGAAAUGUCCUCUUACACCUAAUGAGACAGCAUUCAUACUCCAAGUGCUUUCCAUCCCAACCAACACAAACAUUUAUCUUGCAGCUGGGGAUGGCCUGAUGGAAAUUGAAGGAUUAACAUCUGUUUACACAAAUGUAGUUACCAAGUCUAGCCUACUUAGUGGGGAGGAUUUCAAAAGCAUGCAUGGGAACACCAAAGCUGCUUUGGAUUAUUAUGUGUCUAUUAACAGUGAUUCAUAUAUAGCAACAUAUUUUGGAAAUAUGGAUAAGAUGGUUGCAGCAAUGCGAGCUUAUAAUGGCUUGUACAAGACUCUUUUCUUAAGCAGAAGAGCUUUUGCAGAGUACACGUCUCAAGGUUUGAUAGGGAAGGAAUUGAUGCAAGCCCUAUGGAAGACUCAUAGAGAUGAUUUUGUCAUGGGAAGAGGAUCUGCUUUGCCUGAUUGCUUCUGUGAGUUCAAAUUGUGAUUUCAGGUGUCAAUUUGAUACUUUUUUCCCCUUUCUGUUGUAUUUUUAUUUCAAAUGCUUUUGGUGUAACUGCUGGUACUAAUUUACCAUCCAAGAAGUUCAAUUCAUCUGUCUUAGCAUCUGUCUAUACUCCCUAGGAAUUUGGUAGGACUUGAAUGUUCAAUUAAGUACAUUGUGUUACUGAGUUAUCCCCUCGUGCUGACGUUAUACAUUUUUUUUUACCCUUUCUGUCCCUCUAAGUCAGCAAGUGGGCAUUGAAAUCAUUAUAUCUGAAACCAUUCUGUUUUGCAAUC